UAACACUGCCCACAUGUGGCCUGGUGUAGUAUGUUGGUUUGAGCCAAAGAGAAUCAGGAGUUUCUGUCUGGUACUUAAAUGACACCUAAAGCAGCUCAGUGGUGUCGGACACAUUCAUGCAGCAUCAUUACAUCCGAUAUUUGCCACUAGGUGCUGCUGGUUAAUAUGCAGAAUAGAAAGAGGUUGUUGUUUCAACCCCAGAGUCUGCAGAUUGUUGUUUCCUGUCGACAAACACUGUUAAGCUGAAAGACUCCUUGAUCCUUUGACCUGUGAUCCUGCUGGUCAAAGGUCCGAGGUGUAAACACAGUGCAACACUGCAAAGUGUAAGGGAAUUCAGGAAAAUGCAAAGGUACAGUUUAAGACGUAAGAGAAUGUAGUGUUUAUCAUCACAGUGGUUUUAAAAGAUUAAAGUAAUUCUAAAACAUACUGAAUAUAAGUCAGGAUCAGCUUAUGAACUCUGGAUAAAUCAGUUCUAUCCUAAAAUCCCUACACACGCUGUAAAUUCAUUUUAAUAACUGACGCCCUGCUAAUGGGGGAUUACAGAUAAUCCACUACACAAUUUUCACAACGAUACAAGAUCCCUGAAGAGACGUUUUCUAAUUUAUUAGUCAUGCAUUGUACUUUGGGAAUAUUCUGUUGGGUGAAUAUUGAGCGAGGUAAAAGUGAAGUUAUAUAGAUGGUCAGUAGAUGUGGAUAUUUUUUACAGUGUAGGUUCCUGUUGGGAGGAUUAGUGCCGAGUCGGCCAAAAGCAAUGAGUAGAAAGUCCUUAAAGAGGCUCACUAAUUACUCUCAAGAAGGGUUUGAACCUUUUCCAAUUAAUCGCAUGCCAAAAAACUCUUCCAGGGCUUUGAAUGGAAACUUUCCAAGACUCAUUUCUUUAGAAGUCUUAUCAACAUGUCAGCUUGUGGAGAUGAAAGACCAAAGACCAGUUAACCCUCAAAGUUCCACCAGUUCUUUGUGGCCCUGUCACAUUUUCUUCAGCAGUGGAAACUGUUUUUAGAUGCAUGUUUUUUUUUGUAUUCUUUAAAAUAAAUAUUCAGUCGAUAUUUAGUCAUCAGUUGAACAAACUUUAUACAUGAUUGAUGAACAGAACGAGCAGAGAGAGCCUCAGUGUGUGAAAGGUCUGUGUGUGGUUGUGUGUUUGUACUGCAGGUCAGUAGUGUGUUGCUUGUUGCUCCUUUUCUGGUUUACUGACUGUAGCAUGGAGAGAGUCACACUUAGAUAAGCUUCCUGUUCUUUACCUGCAGGAUAUAUAUAAACCAUUUUCCAUUAUACCAUCAAGGUACACUGGGAAAUCAGCACUCAUUUAUUAAGCAAUCACAACAAAGCCCAACAACAACAGUCUCACACACACGCACUGUCUUUCUCUCUCUCUCUCUCUCUCACACACACACACACUCACACACACACAGACCAGACAGCUUAACAAUGAUUGUUAAUCUGGUGUGUAUGCCUGUGUGCGUGUGUAUAUGUGUGUGUGUGCGCCUCAGCCGUGCGUCCUAAACCCUUUAGCCGAGUUCUAAAGUAGCUUAGCAGGUUGCGCUCCCAGGUCCAGGCUCCAGUGGAGCAGUUAUUAUGGUUGCGAUGUUGUUGACGUGAGCGAUGGGUCGCAGCGCUCACCGCCACGCUCUGAGUUUCUGGAUAAACUUCUCACUCACUGAAAACAGAAGGAAAAAGUGGAUUAUUGGCUUCAUAGCAGGAAACGAGACGUCGUGAGAUCUUAGCUCUGCGUCCUGCCGGGAGCUCUCCAACAUGACCGCCCAUGGUCUCACCUGCUGAGCGCUGAGGAAUGCAACCUGUCCUGGGACCCUGAGGCCAGCAGGACGGCCGGGCAUCGGCUCACAGUGAGGGGGCUGAAGGCUGCCCUCACUGGACGCCCAAGAACCCCUCUGGUCCACAAGGGGAGCUCGCUCUCAGACGAUGAUGAGCGGAUGUCAGUGGGGAGCCGGGGAAGUGUCAGGGUGGAGGACAGAGAUUAUCUUGAGAAGGGAUCUCGAGCAGCUUCUGCCUUAACUGCAACGACGCUCACAUCCUUGGGUGGGACGUCCUCCCGGAGGGGAAGUGGAGAGACGUCCUUAACUGUAGACGCUGAGACGUCCAUACGAGAAAUCAAGGAGAUUCAUGAACUGAAGGAUCAGAUUCAGGAUGUGGAAAUCAAGUACACGCAGAACCUAAAAGAAGCUAAGGACACGUUAUCAGAGGUGGAGGAGAAGUAUCGUAAAGCCAUGGUGUCCAACGCUCAGCUGGAUAACGAGAAGAACAACUUGAUGUAUCAGGUGGACACGCUCAAGGACUCGCUCAUGGAGCUGGAGGAGCUGUUGUCGGAGUCCAAUAGAGCAUACGAGGAGAAAGUCAAGGAUUUCGAGCGAGAGAAACACGCCCACGGUGUCCUUCAGUUCCAGUUCAGUGAAAUGAAAGAGACACUGAAACAAAGUGAAGAGCUGCUAAAUGAGAUCCGUCAGCUGCGUUUGAAACAGGACGGUUUUGUUAGAGAAAUAUCUGACCUGCAGGAGACGGUGGAGUGGAAGGAUAAAAAAAUCGGGGCCUUAGAGCGACAGAAAGAAUACACAGACGCCAUCCGAACUGAGCGAGACGAGCUCAGAGAGGAGGCGGUGAAGCUCAAAGACAUUCUGAAGAAACAUGGAAUCGUGUUGGGACCGGAUCUAAGCGUCAACGGGGACAUCGGUGAAGCAGAAGUGGACGGCUCCUCCUCUGGAGACACCGCUCACCAGCCGGCUCCGGACUCUCAGACAACAGAGGGGAACAGCAUGCUCGGCAACAGAGAUGAGACUGAGGAGCUGGAUCCAGAUCAGCAACCAGACAUUUUGAAAGAGGAAGCCAAAGAGAAUCAGUUGAGCUCUGAUCGGCUCUGUGAUGCUGCCGUGUCCUCAAUGGAAACAUCAGCAGCUGCAGACGAACAGCAGACAUUGGACGAGAGCACUGGAGGAAGCGACCUCAGCAAAGACUUGAGUGUUGACAUUCCUGAUCAUCCAGUUACUGAAGCCGAAGAUAUAAUUGUAACAAGUGCUGAGGGAAAUAGUCCAGACACAGAAACAACCCCAGGUGAGGAAGGUUUAGUGGAGACAGACACCCAAAGCAAGAGGGAUGGUUUUAAACAGACAAGUGACGAGCUUAGUGAAAACAUACAGGAAGCAGCUGUGGAAAGUGAUUUGAGGAGUAAAGAAACGUGUCCUCAGCAAACAGACGUGAAGGACAUCUCGAGAGACGAGGAGAACGAGGAGGCAGAGGAAGUAACGGGUCAAUCUCAGGCUGCUGCUGCUUCAGGGAAAAGGAAGAAAAAGAAGAGAAGAGGCAAAAAGAAAGGGAACCAACAAAAAGAUGAAACAGAAAAAGAAAACAUCAAAACAGAGGAGAGUGUAGAACCAGAUAAAAAAGACAAUAAGUCAAAAACAGAACCUGAUAAAGGUGAUUCUGCAAUCGUCAAGGAAUCAAAGAUGGAUCAAGUAGAGAAAGAGCAGGUCGGGAAACAAGCUGAGGAAGUAGAAGCAGCAGAAUCAGUCGAACCAACUGAAGCUGUUUCUCUCAAAGAAGCUUUCACAGAACCGAGAGAGGAUCAUGUUCCAAACGAGCAGGACAAGGAGCCAACUGUGGAAAUACAAGAAAUAAAAGAAGCAGCACCAAGCGAAACCCUCUCUUGCUCUGAAACUCCUGAGGAAAUAAGAGUAAGUCCUUUAACAAAUGAACAGAACAAAGAUCAGAGUGAAACAGCAGAAAUAAUCCAGGUGGUGGCACCGACUGAAACUUUUUCUCAAAGUGAAACCCUGAAGGAAUUAUGCAGAGAAGCUGGAGAGGAUGAGCAGAGCGAAGCAGGAGCAGUUGAAUCAUGUCCUCCAGAGACCCAGCUCAGUACAUGUGAUCUCACCGACCCCUCCAACAGCACAGAGGGCAUCGAUGGCCUCGACAGAAAGUACACUGACAGUGUAGAUGAGUCAGAACUCUCAGCUAAUGGUCACAUCCUCCAUCCUGAGUCCAAAAUCAUUGAUGAUGCAGAGGAUGAAGAAGUUGAUGAGAUGAAACCUGAAUGUAAAACUGAGGGAAACACUGUAGAUGAACCACACGUUCCGAGCAGCAACGAUGUUCCUGCUGAGGUCUCCGAGUCCACAAACAUUCCUGAGGGAACAGACCUCACAUCGGCCUCGUCGCCAACGAUCCGUCUCAAAAGCACGUCUGAUUCCGAGCCUCAACCGGAGCCAUCAUCGCUGAGGGAGGUGUCUCCCAUCGAGGUUCCUGGUGAAGAUCCUGAGGAGACAACUGAGACACUAGAAGACGUAGAGGAGGCAGGACCAGAGACUGAGCAGGAGGGUUUUCCUCUCGGUGUCACCGAUCCAGAGCAGAAACCAGAUGAGAUAGAAAAAGAAGAAGAAGAAGAAGAAGAAGAAGAAGAAUCGGAUAAAAAAGAGAAUGGGUCAACAACAGAACCUGAUAAAGGUGAUUCUGAAAUCCUCAAGGAAUCAAAGAUGGAUCAAGUAGAGAAAGAGCAGGUCGGGAAACAAGCUGAGGAAGUAGAAGCAGCAGAAUCACUCGAACCAAAGGAAACCGCUUCUCUCAAAGACGCUUUCACCGAACCGAGAGAGGAUCAUGUUCCAAACGAGCAGGACAAGGAGCCAACUGAGGCAAUACAAGAAAUAAAAGACGUAGAGGAGGCAGGAACAGAGACCAAGCAGGAGGGUUUUCCUCUGGGUGUCACCGCUCCAGAGGGAAAACCUGAUGAGAUAGAAGAAGAGCUGGACAGAGACGUGAAUGAACCUGCAGGUUUCAUCGAGCCAGAAAACUCCUCACGGGAUGAAAAGACUCUGUUAGAGACUGAAGCUCAGGUGGAACAUCUAGCUGAUGUAGAAAACCAGACAUCAGAGUGCGUGGAGCUGAAGAAGGAAUCAGACGCCAAAGAAACAGAUGAGAUCAAUACCUUUGAGAAUCUGAAUUCACCAGAGUCUCAGAAAGAGUCCUCCUGUUCUCCAGCUGAGCUCCUGCCUGAAUCCAGCAAAGACAAAUCUGAGGAUGACUCGCCUCCACUUAACCAGCAGGGCAGUGAUGAAGAGGAUGGUGAAGAUGAGGAAGGGCAAUCUUUUGAUUUUGACGACGUAGAUGUUGAGGCAGCUUUUGAAACGAAUCAAACUGAAGACGAGGACAUCGAGGAGGGAGUUGAAGCCGUGUCAGAUCCAAGUGAAAAUACGCAAAGCGAGUCCACUGAGAGACACGAUGAGGCGUCCGGGUUCGAUGAGCAGGUCGAGUCAGAAGCAACACGUCAGGCCUCAGCACGCGAGGCGAGGCUCAGCACAGAGGAAGGAGCGGUUUUAAACGUUGGAGGGUCGUCGGCUGCUGUUGCAGAGGACGUUAACCAGGCAGCGUCUUCUCCAGUAGAGGAAGGAUCAGUUAAGCCAGAGCUCAGUCCCGUCCACGUAGCCAGAGACAAAGAGCCACCGCAUUCAGGCAAAGGCCAGAGGAAGAACAGCAAGAAAGGCAAAGGAAAGGGCAAAGAGGACUGUAAAAUGUCUUAGUUCAUAGAGGACUCAUAGUGUAGACUUAUGUCCUUCAGUAGUCGUUGCUUAGCUCUUAAAAAAGGGGUAGAUUAAAUAUUUGCAAAACCUCACAGCACUUUGUUGAACACUGGUGUAUGUAUGUGUGCAUAUGUUAUUUAAAAAAAAAAAGCACAGUGAAAGUCCAAUAAACAUCGCUUUUCAAAAGAAAGGAUCAUUUGUGGAGCGAUGAAGAUGUAAACUGAGAGGAGACAGAACUUGUGUUUAGUUAUCGAUGCACACGUAAUAUGCUGCUUGUGAUGUUUUAUUGAUUUUGUUAUGUUGUGUCUCUGGAGUAGAGCCACAGAAGAGUUGUUCUGCUUGAUGCAAUUGUUAUUCCCUAGAAGAGCUCAUUCUCAUUAAAGGAGCCACAUAUAAGUUCUCACUACAUAGUGAUCUAUGUACAGCUCUUUAUUUUCCAGCGUAAAAGAAAGCUUCAGUUUCGAUAGCGUCACGGCUGCAUCCAGUCCACUCCUGCUCAGAGGACGUGUUAUUAUGACCUCGUGUCUCGAACAUGGCAGGCGACCGUCACCGUCAACCAUUUCCCACGAGACGCCACCUACUGGUAGAAGAGUGAACUUACAUAUAGCAUCUUUAACACUGUAGACCUCUGGCUUUUUACAUUUUCUAGGUAUGUUGUGAAGGUUAAAAUGAAAAUAUCCAAGCCUCUGAAUUCUAGAGCACAUUGAUGUAUGAUAAAUUGAUAAAUACAUGUUUUAUACUUUUUGUUGCACUUCAUGGAGAAUAUGUCUUUGGUCCCUGGACAAUGAAACACCAAUAAAUCCCCUGUUGACACCUA